AUACUAUGCCUACCGCUAUCAGUGAUCCUAUUUGAAAUAAGUGCUCAAUGUUUCGGAUCUCUCCAGCUUCAGAGUCGGUGAAUGCUUAUUGGUCCGAUAGGUAUGAGAGGAAUGAGAAAUUUCCAGGUGGAAAUGUGGAGAUGAAUAUCCUAGAUAUUACUGAGCAUAACAUCAACUCCGAACAGUCUUCUGUACAGCCAAAUGAUGGACCACAUAAAAAUGUUAAUGUCAUGGAAGAUGAGGCGACAAGUAUUAAACAUGCAGCAGAAGACGAGAAGCUGUGGUCACCUCCAAAUGACCAAGAGGCAAUAUCUCCAGCAUGGGCAUUUGGAUUUAACCAUUCUGUUCCUCUUAUAAACUUGAGCAAUGAUCAUUCGAACGUCAUAGCUCUUGCAUCCGCUCACUUACUGGUGUUGCAUGAUAUCAAAAGCAACAGACAAAGAAUCUUAAGAGGGCAUUGCAAUGAGAUAACAAGUAUAACAUGCAGUGGCGAUAAGCGUUGGCUAGCUUCUGGAGAUCGUGGUGUUGACAGUGCUGUUAUCAUUUGGGAUGGAAAGACCGGAGAAGCGGUGCGUGUCAUAAUAAAACCACACAAAAAUGGUGUUAUAUCAAUCGCCAUUACCAAAGAUGCACGUUACCUGGCUACAUUGAGUGCUGAUCCCACUGACCAGAGUUUUGCUAUCUGGAAUUGGACCACCGGAAGUGAUUUUCCUCAUUGUCAGGCUAAAAUAUGUGAUGAAAAUUCUUUUCAAACGAAGAUAGUAUUCAAUCCCAAUGACCAUCAUCAUAUCUGCACGAACGGUGACCACCAAGUCAUCUUUUAUAAUUGGAAAAAUGAAGAAAAGGAUAUGGUAGCUUACGCGCCCUCUCUAAAGGAUGAAGACUUCAGGCAGAAAGUUGGCCAGUUCUCUUAUACUCAAUAUAUACCGGAGAAAAACAUGGCUAUCACUGCUACAUCAACAGGCCUCUUGGUUGUGUGGGGAGCCGAUAAUGAACCCGUUAAAGCUUAUACGUGUGAUGAGUUAACUGGGACUUACCAGUAUCAAUUGAAAAGGGAUAAUUCAGAAACGCCAUAUAAGAGAGCUACAAAGGUUUUGCCAUUGCAUGAUAAAGGAGUCACAUUCCUAACGGUCACAACAUGCUAUCCAUGUGGAAAGUGUAUUGUGACUGGCGAUAUUAGCGGGCAAGUGAAAUUCUUCGAUUGUAAUUUCAUGCUUUUAUUCUGGUAUCAAGAUCUUAAAUUUGGACCAAUCAACUGUGUUAGCUUUGCUAAAACUAGCCUUUUCAAUGAAGAUAUUCACAGUUAUCGGUGUACAGCAUCUGUAAAACAAAGAGACUAUCCUAGUUGUGCAACAAUCGAUGGUGAACCGUUUGUAGUAGAAGACUUUAUAGUGAGUACGUCGAAUGCUGUUAUGAUUUCAGUUACAGUUGAAGGUGGAUUUCGAAAGUUGAUUAUAAGAGAUCAUGAUUCACAUAUUAACGGGAUAACCGCUCAUCCAAUACUGAAUCAUGUUGCUUCAUGUAGCUAUUCUGGUUUAGUAAAAGUGUACGAUUAUGAAACCAAAAUGCCUAUCAGUUUGAAAAGUUUUGGCACUAGUAAUCCAAUUCAAACAUGUGCAUAUGAUAAAACCGGACAGUAUAUUGCCAUUGGCUUUGUCAGUGGGCAUUUGCGCAUCUUAGAUGCAUUGACGUUAAAUGAGGUGACAUCGGAACCAUUUACUUAUGGCAAAGGUCCAAUAACGCAUAUUGAUUUCUCCUACUGCCAUCUUUACUGUGCUUUCGCCGACUCUGCAUACACUACAACUCUGUUACGUUCAGGUAUUCAUGAAUUCGGUGAGCCAUGGAUGUAUGUUGCACGUGUUCGUGCUCAUUACCGUGCUAUCACUGAUCUCUUAUACUGGUCACUAGCAGAAACAAAAAGAUCUCGUUUAUUUACACUAAGUGAAGAUAGAACAUUAGCUGAAUAUGAUUCAUACAGUGCUAAAAAACAUUUCUUACCGGUGAUUGCUUGUUAUCAAGUUGAACAACUCGCUAAACCAUUAUGUCUGAGUAUGCUACCACCAUAUUACAAAGAAGAAUUCUUCUUUAUAUCCAAUUCAGCGUCUAAAAUAAAAUUAUUUAAUACAUCUACUUUGAUGUGUCGUAAAACUGUUAGCUCCUACCCUCAAGGUAUAGAAUAUACGAAGGUUAUUCCUUUGGUUUCGAAACCAGAAGAUUCAAACUAUUUUAUGGUAUGCAUUUCAAAAGAACGUUUAGGCUUGAUUAUGUUGCCAUUGGAUGGAGAUCCACUGAAAUCAACAAAUAUUAUAGCACAUCCAAGUGAUGAUCGAGGUAUUGGAAAUGCUCGUGCAUUGGCGAUUGACAGAAACGGUAAUUACGCAUUCACUGCCGGUGGCCCAGAUAGUUGUAUACAUAUGUGGAUACUGAAACCGAGUGUUCUGGAGGCAACAGUGUCGAAAACCGACUGUAAAAAAGAACGGUUCUAUGCUUUUUUAUCGCGAGACUUUAUGGAAGAGAUGAAAGAUUACUUUUACUAUUCCAUGCUUAGAACACAAGGAAUUCGUUGCUUAGACAAACGAAAGACAUCAUUAACAAUCCCAAUAACUGAAAUACCAUUUGUUAUGCGAGCGAUAGGCUUCUAUCCAACGGAAACAGAGAUUGAAAAUAUGAUAAACGAAAUCAAAUAUUCAAAAUUUUGUGAUACUGGCGAGUAUGCAACAGAAGUUGAUUUAGAUACCUUUAUUCAAUUAUACUGUAAUCAUAGGCCGUACCAGGGUGUACUGUAUAAGGAUGUUGAAGCUGCUUUCAAUGUUUUAACUAGCAUUAAUAUCGAUGAUGGAAAAAAGUUUGCUUCACUGAGAAAUCUUGAUGAGGUGAAAAGAGAAGAUAAACCAACUGUUCCUCUUGAAGAAUUACUUUUGUCGUUGCAGAAUUUAGGCGAACCCAUCGGAGAAGCUGAAAUGUCUGAAUACCUGGCAAUCCUUUUGGGUAUUUUACCAGAAGGUGGUCCUCAAGAGAUUUUGGAGGAAGUUGAUCUGGAAAAAGUUAAAAAAGAGAUUGAACCUUACAUGCCAAUUUUUUUAAAUGCUGACACUUUUGUACAACGUGUUCUUCGGAUGUAUCUUAGCUGUAAAGAUAAGCUGUCAGUUAAUUACACUGGAGAGUCAUAUUCUGGAACAACUUUAAGCUUUAAUGGAUCUCAUGCUGCUGAAACAAGAUUCAGUGAAAAAACCUUUUCAAACUCGACACAAACAGAAUAACAUUUCCUUUCACUUAAAAAAACAGUUAAAGAAUGCUAGCUUCAUCAUCUAAAACAUAUCUACUGCAAAAAUAUAUUAAUUACUGCAUGAUCUGUGUUAAAUUUACCUAUUUUCCAUUGUUUCAUCUAAUUUUCUCACCGAAAUGUGAGACUUUUGUAUCAAUCACUUUAGAGCAUCUAUGCCUUUUCAGAGUUUGAGAUAUUUGCACUAAUUUAGUCUCGAGUUUGUUGUGCUAGUGGUUAUAAUUUAAGGUGUUUGAAUGAGUGACAACUUGUCCUAUGCAUUCAAUAGUAACUUAAUAUAAUUGGUUUUUAAUUGAGC